UUUUACAAAAGUGGCAACGAUGUUAUUGUUUAUAUUUUUGUUUUGAAAGUGUCUUAAUUUUCUGUCAGGCAAAUGAAGCAUAGAAAUGAGGGAAUACUUUCUAUUUAAAAUUUUGUUUUUUAUAUAAUAAUCAUAUUAUUAUUGUGGAAAAUUUAUUUUUAUUCUUUAAACGUAAAAAGUUGUAAUAUUGAUACAACAAUCAUGACUGUUUCAAGACCUCUUUCAUCUCUCAACAUAUUUCAAUCCAAAGUUGAAGAAGCUCUCAAUCUUGUACCUGCCAUGUGUGCUGAAGAUAAGUUAAAAGCAGUUCACUUUUGGAACAUAGUUUCUGAAAAACUUCAAGACAUAGUGAACAGUAGUGCUGCAGAUAUUAAUGCUGUUGCACUUACAAUGGAAGAGGUAGAAAGUGCAAAGAUGAAUUUAGGCAUUAACACUGAAACUGGUCCCCUGGUCACAGAGAGUUCUGUUUCAAAUUCUGAAUUUACAAAUUUAUCAACAAUCUAUCAAAUAUCUUCUGAUACAAGUGUUCAAUAUCAUUCAAGCAUUUCAAACAGUCAGUUGAAACCAUUUACUACUGAAUCCCUCCUAUUUUCAAAUAGUAAUAAACAAUCUUCAUUCAGUGAAGUUACUACAUUUUCUUCUAGUCAUCAGCUUCUUACUGGGAAUUCUGAUCUUUCUAAUUCCAAUGUACAAACUGAUCAAAGCACCGUCAUUGAAAACAUUUCUAUAAAUAGUUGUGAUAAUUCAAGCAAAGAUAACCAAACCUUGAAUGAUGUACCAUUUACUGAAAUUAAAAGAGAUAGCAAUAAAAACAGUGAUAAAUUUCUAAGUCCGAAGAAAAAUUUAUUUCAUUCUCACUCCUUGUUUAAAGACAAAAUAGAAGUUAUAGAAUCUAAUGUAAAUUCUUAUUCUGUCAUAAUGGAAAGAAAUUCCAUGAAUAGUGAAAAAACUAAUUCAUUUCAUCAAGAAUCAUUGUCUCAUAGCGACAGAAAUUCUGACUCUAAAACUUCAAAUGUUAGCUCUAGUGAUAUAACAAGAGAACAAAUUGCUCCUACGACUCAAAAUGUAGAUGAAACUAGUGAGCCUAGUUUGGAAAGUAUACCUGAAAUGGAUACGUCACAUUCUAAAGAAAUAUUUAAUAAAGAUGAAGAGAACAAGCUCAUCAGUGAUGCAUUUAAAAAUGCCGAUGACAGCUUGGUUUGUAAAGUAUGUUCUAAAUCUUUUCCUGAUGAAGAUUCUUUAACAAGGCACCAUCUAAGAGCUCAUGAACGACACUAUAGCUGUUCAGAAUGUAAAGCAAAGUUUUCAACCAAAUCAAAUCUGCUGGUUCACAUGAGAAGACAUACUGGUGAAAAACCAUUUUGCUGCCACAAAUGUUCUGCCCACUUCACAACUAAUGGAAAUUUACAAAGACACAUAAGAACGCAUAGCGGUGCAAAACCAUGGCAGUGCAAUAAGUGUGGAACUUGUUUUACUGAAAAGAAAAGUUUGACUAUACAUAUGCGGCGACAUACUGGUGAAAGACCAUAUCAGUGUAAAGAAUGUGGGAAACGUUUUUCUCAAACUAGCAUAUUGCAGACACACAUGUCAAUGCAUUCUGAAACAAAAAUGCAUCUUUGUGAGGUAUGCGGAAAGUCUUUUAGGCAGAAAUCCCAACUGAGGGUUCACAGAUUAAGGCAUGAUAACAUUCGACCAUUCAACUGUUCAAUUUGUUCCUUAGCAUACAUAACUAGAGGAGAUUUAUUAAGGCAUGAAAAAACUCACACUACGGAAAAGCCUUAUAAAUGUGAUGUUUGUCCGAAGGGAUUUACUCGACAACAGUCUUUGAAUGAGCAUAAAAAUCGCCAUUAUGGUAUCAAACCUUACAAAUGUAAACAUUGUGGCAAGGCCUUUCCAGAAAUGUCCGGCUGCUACAAACACAUGAAAGUCCACGAGAAAGCUAAAGAAAUGGAAGACAGCAUCAAGGAGCAAGACAAUGAACCGGAGGUUGAACCAACUGAAUUACAGCAAAUCACAGUAAAUUCCUGUGCUCAAGACUCCAGUAUAUCUACCGAUCAAAAUGUUGUAGAAAAUAAGACACCAGACGUGACUGAACCUCCUUCUUAUAUUGCUGUGGUUCUAAAUGCUAAACAUCCAAAUGAAUUGGGAGAUGAACUAAACCAAGCUGUGUCAUUCUUGAAUUCUGGACUAGAAGAAAAUAACUUGGUUCCAAAUGGAAUAGGAGUAUUAACUGCAAUUAAUAUACUUACUAAUGCAACAACAUUUCCUCAGAAUUUUCAAAACAUUUCUUGAUGAAGCUCUAGUCCUUUUGUGGAAUUAAUAAGAUUUUGUAAUAUAACUAUUUAUUUUGAAUUUAUGUUUGUUGUGAGUUUUAUACUAUUUUAUAUGAUAAAAAAAAUUCUAGUUGUAAAUAUUUUCCACUAUUGAAUAAAAAUUUAGCCCUCUUACUUAAAUUGA